AUGUCAACCGCCAGAAUAUCAUCCGAGGAUGGUGAGAAACUGCUGGUUCUUCUCUUAUCGAACGGUGCCGACACGCAGAAGCAGGACUGGAAGGGUAAUACAGUUCUCCACCAGGCAGCUUCUCUCGGGGAACACAUUGCCGUUGACAUAUUGAUCAAGUAUAACGCAGACAUCAAUAUGCGCAAUUUACAGGGAGCAACGCCCAUCCACCUAGCAUUUGACGAACUAGUUUACGCUCUUCCAGAGGCGAUACUUCACGGUAAAUUAUAUAAGGUCAUCAACAGCCUUCUGGCCGCCGAUGGCGUAUCGCGGACGCGGGGAACAAAGGAGAAGGAACAGAGGAGAAGGAACAGAGGAGAAGGAACAGAGGAGAAGGAACAGAGGAGAAGGAACAAAGGAAUGCCGCAAUGGCAGUGA